AUGACAAUGAAAGGCCUGUCCAGCAGCCGUAGUCACCACCACACGGUGACCUGCGACCCCUCUUACGACUCCAUGACCCUGGGGCACUCAGAUCGUCGGUCCUACUUCCUCAACCCUGGGGAGACUCACCCUGCUGACCACCCCUGCUACAACCAGCGCAACUCCUUCCAGUCUGAGUGCAACGCGUACCCUGAUCUGGCCAGCUGCACCUUCCCCCGCAGACAUUACAGUUCCCACCAUGAGCUGAAGGAGGAGUGUGGCGCUGUAGUGCCUUAUACAGGGCCAACAGGGAGUAGUAAGGGAAGUGGAGGAGGUGCAGGAAACAACAACCGUAUCCCCUCUAACCUGCUGGAGCAAUUUGAGCGCCAGGCACCGGUGCGGCGUGAAGGCUACCACACGCUGCAGUACAAACGCACUGCGGUAGAGCACCAACGCAGUGACAGCCCUGGUCGGAUCCGCCACCUUGUUCACUCUGUCCAGAAGCUCUUCACCAAGUCCCACUCCCUGGAGGGGCCCUCGGGGACUGGAGGAGGAGGGAGUGGGAGGAUGAAUGGCAGCAAAUCCAGUCCUGAUGAUCCUCCUUCGUCUUCUGGCACCCUGAAGCACAGCAAGCGCAGUAAAAGCAAAGACCGUUCAAAGUCAGAGCCUAAGAUGCGCACUGCCAUCUCAGGCUACUGGAGCUCUGAUGACACACUUGACCGGGAGAUGUGCCUCUACCACCAUCACCACGGGGGCAGCUGUGGAGGCCUGCCCUCUGGGGUCAUGACUAUGGGACGUCACCCAGACAAAUCUCAGUCGCAGUAUUUUAUGGAGUCCUAUAACACUAUCAGCGCUCACUCUCUCAAGACAUCGCGCAGCAACAACGAUGUGAAAUGUUCGACGUGCUCUGGGGGCAGCAGCGGAGGGCUGCCGCUGGUGGGCACGCUGGAUGGCCAAGUGCAGCUGAAGAAGAGCUCUUGGUCUUCAACUCUGACGGUGAGCAGAGCAAGAGAGGUCUACCAGAAGGCCUCAGUCAACCUAGAUAAAGCUCUAGUGAAAGCAGAGCAGGGGCGCACCUGCCACUUCCUACAGGUGCCUCAGGAUGACUGGAGCAGUUUCUCUCCGCUGGGAAAGGAUGAUGAAAUCCCGUGCCGGCGGAUGCGCAGCGGCAGCUACAUCAAGGCCAUGGCAGAAGAAGACAGCGGCGAUUCGGACUGCAGCCCCAAACCCUCACCCAAGGUUCAGGCACGGCGAGCGAGCUACCUGAAGGCCACGCAGCCGUCCCUCACAGAGAUGACCACGCUCAAGAUUUCUACAGAGCACUCGCCCAAGCUGCAGAUCCGGAGUCACAGCUAUCUGCGGGCGGUGAGUGAGGUUUCCAUCAAUAGGAGUCUGGACAGCUUGGACCCAGCAGGGCUGCUGGCCUCGCCUAAAUUCCGCUCACGAAACGAGAGCUACAUGAGAGCCAUGAGCACUAUCAGCCAGGUGAGCGAGGUGGAGGUGAACGGGCAGAUCGAGGCGGUCUGUGAGUCAGUGUUCAGUGAGAUGGAGUCGCAGGCGGUGGAUGCCCUGGACCUGCCCAUGCCUGGCUGCUUCCGCAUGCGGAGCCACAGCUACGUGCGUGCCAUAGAGAAAGGCUGCUCGCAGGAAGAGGAGGAGGGAGGUGUCACAGUGGGCAGCAGGAGGACCAACUCACCCCCGCGCACUACCACCACAGUCAGGACCAUCCAGAGCAGCACAGUGUCAUCAUGCAUCACCACCUACAAGAAGACACCUCCCCCAGUCCCACCACGCACCACCCCAUCCAAACCUUUCAUAUCCAUAACAGCCCAAAGCAGCACAGAGUCUGCCCAGGAUGCUUAUAUGGACGGCGGCUCCGGCCCACGGACGGGAAUCAGCUCCCAACCGGGCCUGUCCAACUCCACAGAGAGCAUCGACAGCAUGAAGGCCCUGACAGCAGCCAUAGAGGCGGCUAACGCUCAGGUGCACGGCCCCGCCAGCCAGCACGUCACCAACAGCACCAUCACCAUCACUGCCACCGCCACCACCUCCGCCGUCGCGCACGUCUCCGCAGACAACAAGGCGCAGAGGGAAGCGCUCCGCAAGUGCCUCUCCAUAGGGAUCCAGGUGGACCCAGAGGAAGGAGGGCCCACAGAGGAGCAGUCUAAAUUCCAGUCGAUAGGAAUUCAGGUGGAGGAUGAGCGAUGUUACCGCAGGAUGACCCGCUCCAACAGCGUAACCACGGCUGUGCAGGCUGACCUCGACGACCCCAGGGAUGCCCCAGAGCUGCCACCGCGUCACUGUGCCACCAUGCCCCGCCAGCACUCCCGCGAUGCUGCCACCUCAACCGUCAGCAUCCAAGGCUCGGGGAACCACUACCACGCCUGUGCUGGGGAUGACUACGGGGAGGUGGGGUUCGACCCGUCCAUCCUGCCCCCUCCGGACCCCUGGAUGGACAGCGUGGCCGAGCCAGAGGUGGAGGCUUUGGAGGCUGUCGGCCGAUUGGUGUGCCCCCGUGACGGCCGCUGGUUCCUCAAGUUGCUGCAGGCCGAGACGGAGCGUAUGGAGGGCUGGUGCAGACAGAUGGAGAAGGAUGAGAUGGAGAAUGAGCUGCCUGAUGAGAUCCUGGGGAAGAUCCGCAGUGCAGUGGGGAGUGCCCAGCUGCUGAUGUCCCAGAAGUUCCAGCAGUUCCGGGAGCUGUGUGAGGAGAAUCUGAACCCAAACGCACACCCACGGCCUGUCUCCCAGGACCUGGCAGGUUUCUGGGACAUGCUCCAGCUGUCAAUCGAGAACAUUAGCCUGAAGUUUGAUGAACUCCACCAACUCAAAGCCAACAACUGGAAACCUCUGACCCCCCCAGAAAUUCAGGAGAGAAGGAUGCCCCCUCCCGUGCCAAAGAAGCCCCAGAAGGGCCACCCUCCCCUGGCUAGGGACCGCUCGCUGGAGAGCUCUGAGCGCCAGCGUCUGGAGGCUCGCAAACGCCUGCUAGCUGCCAAACGUGCCGCGUCGGUUCGGCAGAGCUCUGCCACCGAGAGCGCAGACAGUAUCGAGAUCUAUAUCCCCGAGGCUCAGACCAGACUAUGAGACACGCAAACUUAUGUACCUACACACAUGCCCAACACACUGUCCCAUACUCACAAUAGCACUGAAUGGUAAGGCUAGGGUGCUAACAUUACAUAAUAAUAUUUUUUGUGGACUUCCAAGAUCACUGUGGAGUCAGUCACUACGGAAGUCGUUUGAACAAGAAAUGUACAUUUACAGUAUUUAUUUAUUUAUUUAUCUGCCCCCCUUCCUCAUUUCCUUUCCCCAGCUUUGAUGUAGCACUCCCUUUUUCCUUCGUACCGCCACCAGCCCCCUCACUCCCAAAGAAGUCUCUUAUAAAUCCUUUGUUUUAAGUGACCUGAUAUUACAAGAGUAAGCCAGGUGUAGCACAGCAGAAAUGCUUCACAUUAAUGUGUUUCAGAAUUACAGGAAACCUGGAAGGGAGCAUGCAUGUGCAUGUGGAGCGUGUGUUUGCAUAUACAUGCAUACACACAGAGAAACCUAUGAGUGAUGUCUUUGAUCUGAUCUGCUCAGAUCAAAUUCAUCAGAUCAAAUGGAGAAACCAGACCAGACCUAUUAACCGGUUUUAAGUUGCUUUUAUUUUUUAUAUUUUCACCAAAAUCCCAUGAUCUGAUUCUGAAACUACUAUAAGCUCGCAAGUUUUGUUUUGUGCAAUGCAGUUAAACAUUAGAAGAGAAUGGUAAACAGACCCGACAAGGAAAUUAUAGUGUCAGUUUGCAGUUCACAGUUAGCCAUCUGCCUGAAAAUGGCUCUUUCGAGUGGCAGGAGGCCAAACCUGUAGGAAAGGUCAAGAGUCGAGUCAGAUGUUGCUCCUCCAGGUGAGGCAAAGUGGCUUUAGAGCCAGGAGCGACUUUUGAGGGCUCUGCAAAGAGUGCAUUUCACUAAAACGAAUCACUGUUUUAAAAUGCCACAAACCUAACCUGCGUGUGUGAGUGAGAGGAAGACUAUGAGUGAGAGAGAGAGAGAGAGAGAGAGAGAGAGAGAGAGAGAGAGAGAGAGAGAGAGAGAGAGAGAGAGAGAGAGAGAGAGGAGACUGUGUGGGUGUGUUUUGAUUCACAUGUUCAUUUCAAAAGUGCUUCCUAUAUUUCUGGGGCUGAAGGGUCCUGGGUGUAAUUGAUUAUUAAGGUAGCAGUAUCAACAAACCUGUAAACAAACCACCCAUCUCGUCUCAUUUGAAACUGAGCAAAACAUGUUUGUAUAAAGGACAUAUAAUGACAUGACAUGCAUGCUGACACAAGGUAACUGAUAUUUUUUGUCCUUUUUUUUUUUUAACAGGUUUAAUCCUUUCUCAUGUUGCAUUCAAGCUCUUCUGUGUUACAGACUAAGCUAAAAUACUGAUAUUUGGUACAAUACUGGUAGUUGUACUAUAUUUUAUUAUGUCAUUUUUAGACAAGAGAGGUUUAUUGACAGUAUUGAGACUAAAGGACUGAAAAGGGACUAUUUCCUCCUCACUGUGUGUGCACUAUCUCUGCCUCCAAAUGAAGCAAUUAUUUGAAGGUCAUACAAAAAAAAUCCAAUUUCUAAUAUUUUGUAUUCAUGUUUAAUUUAUUGAUUAGAAGAACAAUGACUGUUUAUUGACAUUGUGAUUAUUAUUAUUAUGCACUGACAACAAGGCCCUUAUACUGUGUUUAUGUUUUAUGUAUGUUGGUUCUUUAGCAUGACAGGCAACGUUUUUUUUUUUUUUUUUUUUGUCUUUUCUGUUUCAGUGAUCAGCCUUAAUUUCUAAUAUGAUAGUUGAGCACAACAGCAGUCUCAGGGGAAGAAGUGUGUAUGUGUGUGAGUGUGUGUGUGUGUGUGUGUGUGUGUGUGUGUAUGUGUGUGUGUGUGUGAGUGAGACUGAGGAAGGGAGAGAGUGUGACUGACUUCAUGUGACUGUGUGUGACCCAUGGCUUUGUCUCUUACUGUAUAUAACCCCAGUCACUAAGAUAGGCCAUGUUCUUAAAUAAAGGAAGUAGUGAUCAUGACAUCUCUUAAAUGAUGUUCCUGUUGAACAUCGCAGCCCUACUUACUUCAGUGUAACAAGGUAUUUCUGUCAGCUGCUUGAAUGUGGAGACAAUCCUGAGCCAGUUUACCAUCACGUUCGUUUUAAUAACAGAAUAGCAGGACUUUGGUGUGCUAGUCCAAUUCUCUGUAUUGAUUUGACAAAAGUUUUGUGCCAUUGGAUAACUAUAGGUAAAGCUAUACUCCUGCUAUUUGUCCCUAUUGAACGCUUCCUGAAGACUUCAGUGAGAGACGUUUGUUUGUGAAGCCACUCAAGUGAUGAAGUAACCGUGCAGUAUGAUUUGUAUUUCCUUUAGUUGGUCGAUAUAAAUUUUUGAGAGGGUGCAUAAAAGUAACAAUACUUAACACCAUUUUAUGUAGAUGCUCAUUUUAGAAUCUUUUUUUUUUUUUUUUUACUUUGGAACUUGUAUUUGAAAUUAAACUGUCUGUCAAAUGACUGAUUUCUUAUUUAUGUUUAUUAUAUUAACAUAUCAAUAUAAUACUCCUGGUAUAGCAGGGAGUUAGAAACCAGAAUGUUGGAUUGUGGUUAAUUGCUAAUCUCAAAAGACACUCCAGCAAUCCUGGCAAUUCUGAAGCUUGUGAUGUAGUUAUAUUAAGAGAAAAACAUUCAAAUAAACAUUUGUACAUAAAUGAAUGUUUCCCUAUGUAAAUGUAAGCUAAAAAAAAAUCCAGUCAAAUAACAUAUUAAGCAGAUAUACAUUUUGUAAUUAAUGUUAUUACACUGUUGAUGUUAUGGCACGUGUAUGAGCUCUUAUCAGCAUUAAAAAAAAAAA